AUGGAGAAGGACAACCACAAGGAGGGGGAGGGGGCGACCGCGUGGAUGACGGUGCCGGCGUUCGGGGACUGGGACAUGAAGAACGGCGCCAUGCCGGACUACUCCAUGGACUUCUCCAAGAUCCGGGAGAUGCGCAAGCAGAACAAGAAGGAGCUCUCCCGCGCCAGCCUCGGCGGCGACGACGACCUCCUCGCCCACCACAAGCAGCAGCAGCACCAGCAGCAGCCCGCCAAGGCUCCCCAGCCCACCAAGCUCGGCGCUCCGGCCAAAGACCACGGCCCGCUCCACGGCCGCGACCACUCGCCCACCGUAAGCAACCUCGCCUUCCCUCCCUUCUGCUUACUAUUCGGAUUGCUAGUUUGA